ACCAUGUUUGUACAUCCUGUAUUGAAUACUGAAUUAGCGAUAUCAUCAUAUUAUUUUAUUUUGUUAGUUUUAUUACAGCCAGUGGGCACUAGUCAUGCACUACAAUGUCGUGGCUUUAAAUUGCAUUUCAAUGUAGCAAAGGACGCUAUAUAGGACUGACCGAUUCAUUAAAUGUUAUCGGGUUUACUUUUUAUAGAUGUGAAUGUGUGUUAAGGCCUACGUUAAUACAACCCGUCAAAUAUUGUUGUAUGGAGAGAUAGCGUGGUUAUAUUAGGUCGAUUGUUGGAUUUGAAAAGAAGUGUAACUUAGUAGCUAACUAUUUGUUUAUACAUGGUUGCAGUUGGGUACAAUUUAAAAGUUGCUUCCACUUUUCCAAGGGCCAAACGAAGUUAGAUUUUGAGGUUAUAGGCCUCAACUACAGAAAUAAAAAGAACAUUUAGUUUUACUAGACAUUUAUUUAUUAACAGUUAUAUUAUAGUGCAGUUUCAAAUGCAUUAUUUAAAUAGAACCCAUCAUACCUAUCGUCUUUUAGUAUUAGCUUGAAAUGUCGACCGUCUGUAUUUUGCUUCUAGUAUUUCUAGCUUCGUGCUAUGGAUUUCCAGAUUUCCCCUUCUAUAACGUAUCUUUAACAUGGAAAGAAAGAGUAAAUGAUUUAGUUGGCAGAUUAACCAUACCUGAAAUGAUAGGUCAAAUGUCGAAAGGCAACGGUGGAACUGACGCAAUUCCUAGAUUAGAAAUCAAACCGUAUGAAUGGUGGACAGAAUGUCUCCGUGGUGAUGUACAACAAGGUGGAACUGGUUUUGCUGAAUCUAUAGGUCUUGCAGCAGCUUUCAGUACAGAUGUGAUUUAUGAUGUAGCUAGAGCCACUGCUAUAGAAGUAAGAGCUAAAAAUACAGUUUUUAGUCAACAAGGGAAAUAUGGUCUUGGUACAGGACUCAGCUGUUUUUCACCAGUAAUAAAUAUAAUGAGAGAUUCAAGAUGGGGUAGAAAUCAAGAGACUUAUGGUGAAGAUCCCUAUUUCAGUGGUCAAUAUGCAGCAGCUUUUGUCCAAGGUCUCCAGGGCGAUCAUCCACGAUACCUUUUAACAAGUGCUGGAUGUAAACAUUUUGAUGCCUAUGCGGGUCCUGAAAAUGACCCCGUUUCUAGACUGGGUUUUAACGCACAAGUAUCAAUGAGAGAUUGGAGAACCACUUUCCUACCUGCCUUCAGAAGUUGUAUUAAAGCUGGUUCCUAUAAUAUUAUGUGCAGUUACUAUAGCAUAAAUGGAAUACCAUCCUGUGCUAAUAAAGAACUAUUAACAGAUAUAUUAAGAAAUGAAUGGGGUUUUAGUGGCUAUGUUAUAAGUGAUGCUAGUGCUAUUGAGAACAUUAUUUUUAGACAUCAUUAUCUGAACAAUAGUGUGGAUACAACUGCUGCCUGUAUUAAUGCUGGUUGUAAUAUAGAACUUGGACAUUCCACUAAUAAUAUCUAUGAUGCAAUAGGACAAGCUAUAUCAGAAGGUAAAAUAACAGAAACAAGAGUAAGAGAAUUAAUGAAACCAACUUGGUAUACUAGAAUGAAGUUGGGAGAAUUUGAUCCACCAGAGAUGAAUCCUUAUAAACUGUUAAAUCUAUCAGUUGUACAAAGUCCAGAACACAGGCAACUCGCCGUACAAACAGCUAUGAAAACCUUUGUUCUUCUUAAAAAUUUAAAUAAAUUUCUUCCAACAAAAACUGGAAUCUUCAAUAAAAUUGCUAUAGUUGGUCCGGCAGCAAACGAUCCACAUGUUCAGACUGGUGGUUAUUCACCAACAGUAGAUCCACGAUAUACUACUACACCUUUAAUGAACCUCUCUAGAUUAGGAAACACUGUUCAGUACAAUAAUGGAUGUAGUGGAAAUACUACUUGUAUAGAUUACGACCAAGCUGGUAUAAUAAAAGCUGUUCAAGGAGUUGAUCUGGUCAUCGUAUGCUUAGGAUUAGGUACUGCUAUUGAAAAUGAAGCCCUCGACAGACCAAGUAUAGAUUUACCUGGUAAACAAUUAAAACUUCUGCAAGAUGCAGUCAAUAGUAGUCCAGCUAAUACACCGGUUCUACUGAUCUUGUUUAAUGCUGGACCGGUUGAUAUAACAUGGGCUGAUGGUAAUCCUAGAGUUGUUGCUAUCUUAGAGGCUUUCUAUCCGUCUCAAGCUACAGGAGAAGCUUUAUUUAAUGUUCUUACCAUGACUGGUCCAAAUUCUGUCCCAGCUGGCCGAUUGCCUUACACAUGGCCAAUGGCAACUGAUCAACUGCCUCCCAUAAUCAAUUAUUCAAUGGAAAGUAGAACAUAUCGAUAUAUCAACUAUGAUCCACUAUAUCCCUAUGGUUAUGGUUUAUCUUAUACAAGUUUUACCUACUCUAAUCUACAAUUUAGUCAGUCAAUAUUAGCAGGCAAUGAUGUAGAGGGUUCAGUAGAUGUUUAUAAUAAUGGUCAAAUAUCAGCUGAUGAGGUUAUUCAAGUUUAUAUCAACUGGCAAAAUAGUCCAGAACCAACACCUAAACUACAAUUAGUGGAUUUUAAGAGACAGUAUAUUAUAGCUCAGAAUAAAAUAAGAGUAACAUUUAGAGUUAAAGGUGAAAAUAUGGCGGUAUGGAUGGAAGAUAACAGUGGAUGGAUGGUUUAUUCAGGACAAUAUGGACUUUUUGUAGGUGGUCAACAACCAAACCAGACUAAAACUACUAACUCUAAUGAACUAUCAGGAAUGUUUACGGUUACCAAUACUAGGUUUCUGGGAAGAUUCUAAUAACAUAUUAAAAUUUUAUAAUUAAA